GAAGGCUGGAGCAGACCAGGCAGGCGGGGCCAUGGCGGGCAACUGGGCCAUGGUGCUGGGUGUGGGGCUCUGCCUCACCGCCUUGCACUGGGGUGCUGAGUGUGGCCCACCCCAACCGGCAGCAGCACUGCAGGACAAUUUCCGCCUGCAGCCGGGUGACCUGGUGGCCACAGCGGGGCAAACAUUGGAGCUGGACUGCGUGCCCCCCUUGGGCCACCCUGAGCCCCGGGUCACCUGGAAGAAGGACGGGGUAACCUUGGACCUUGCUGGGGAGCGCUACACCGUCACUGAGGGGAAGCUCCGAGUGGCGGUGGUGCGACGCAGUGACUCAGGGCUCUAUGUCUGUGUGGCAGCCAAUGCAGCAGGCCAGAGGGAGAGCCGGGGCGCCCGCGUCGCUGUCCUGGAGAAGCCCACCAUUGUGCAGCACCCGAGUGACACAGUGGCAGUGUCUGGCAGCACUGUGGAUCUGAGCUGCAGUGCCCAAGGGGACCCAGCACCACAUGUGCAGUGGCACAAGGAGCGGGGGGACCUGCCCCAGGGCAGGCACGAGGUGGACCAGGAGCACACGUUGCAUCUCUACGCUGUGACAACCGCCGACACUGGCACCUAUGUAUGCACGGCGCAGAGCCAGCUGGGCACCGCCACCGCCACUGCCCGCCUCCGAGUGCAGGAGCGGCUGCCAACAGGCCGGCGGGACCCUGCACCACAGGACCUACUGGCCGUGAGGCUGCACCUGGAGAAUGGCACCGUGCUGCCCACUGCGGCUGUCUGGCUCCGCUGGCAGAUGGUGACAGCAGUGCCAGUGCCAGAAGGCUACAUGGUGCUGUACCGCCCGCUCCCUGCCAGCACCUGGGUCCAACAUGACGCAGGCAAGGAGCUCAGCACCAUCAUCCCCAACCUCCGCAGGGGCCACCAGUAUGAGUUCAAGGUCCGAUCCUAUGGUGGAGGGACCCAGGGCUUGGACAGCAACACCAGGAACCUCUGGAUACCUGAGAAAGUGCCGAGUGCGGCGCCUCAGCACAUCACCUUGGGCCUGGCUGAGAAGGGGAAUGGCACCGUGGUUGUGAGCUGGGAGCCACCACCUCCUGACGCCCACAACGGCAUCAUUCAGGGCUACAAGGUCUGGUCGCUGGGCGAGAGCUGGCAGCACCCCACCAACAGGACUGUGGAUGGAGGUACCCAUCAUCUCGAAGCCCCUCUCCCUACGUCUGGGGCUGAAUUCUGUGUCCAGGUGGCAGCUUUCAACAGUGCAGGGCUGGGAGUUCCCAGCAAUGCCACCUGCAGCCUUCUGGGGCAGCCAGCGGGAAGCAGUGGGGUGGUGCAGGUGCUGCGGCAGCCUGCUGUCAUUGCAGCCACCAGCUCUUUGCUCUGGGUGGCCUUGGUGGCCCUUCUUCUUCUCCUCUGCCAGCGCCGCACCCGGGACAACGCCACACACCAUGGGCUGGUGGCCAGUGACUCGCAGUGGCUUGGUGGCCCCUGGAAGCCAGGCUGUGCCCCCCGGAACCUCAGCAGCAGCAGCAGCCUCAGCAGUCGGCUCCUGGGCAGUGAGGGCAAGGAUCUCCACCCCUCCUCCCUGUCCUUGGAGCGGCCAGGCCUGGCCCCCCCCACACCCCCCACCCGCAGCAGCUGCCAUGGGGGUCAUCUGGCCCCCCUUGGGGACACAGGAUGCGUCACAGGGGGGCACCCCGGGGUGUGCACCUCCCCCAGCACCCCCACCCUGGCACCUUGGGAGUGUGGCCGCAAGAGAGAGCUGUACCCUGUGCACAGCACACCAGUGCUGUUGGGUGGCCCUGGCCAGGUCCCUGUCACCAGGAGAGGAGGCGAGUGGGAUACAGAUUUGAGGCUGGUGGCUGGGUGGUCUCAGCCGAGGGGACACAAUGGUGACACUGGAGGAGGCCCGUGGCAGCUGCCAGCCUUCAGCUCCCCGAAAGCACAGCAGGGCAGCGUCUCACUGGCCUCACCAGUGACAUGCCCCCAGCCACCCCAUGUCUGGCACCUGCCUGUCACCCGGUCCCCAGCCACUGUGUGCCACAGGGACAUGUCCCUGGUCACUGGGUGCCCCAAGGACAUCUCCCUGGUCACCAGGCACCCCAAGGACAUGUCCCUGGUCACUGGGCACUCCAAGAAAGUGUCCUUGGUCACUGGAAUCCCCAGGGACAUGUCCCCAGUGACCAGAUACCCCAAGGACAUAUCCUCAGUCACUGGGAUCCCCAGGAACACACCUCCAGCCAUCCAGUGCCCCAGGGACAGAUCCCUGGUAACUGAGAGCCCCAGGGACCUGUCACCAGACACCAGGCACCAGAAGGACACAAUCUCAGCCACCAGGCACCCUGAGGACAUGUCCCCGGUCACCAGGAACCCUGAGCAGAUGUCCCCAGUUCCCAGGCACCACAGGGACAUGUCCUUGGUCACCAGGCACCCCAAGAUGUACCCAGUCCCUGGGCACCACAGGGACACAUUCCUGGGCAGCAGAUACCCUAAAGAUGUGUCCCCAGCCACCAGGCACUCCACGGACCCACCACUAGUGAGCAAGCUCCAGAAGGGUGUGUCACUGGCCACCAGGCACCCAGACGACACAUCCCCAGUCAGUGGGCAUCCAAGGGACACGUCGCCAAUCACCAGGCUCCCCAAGGAGAAGUUUCCAACCACUGGGCACUGCAGGGACAAGUUCCUGACCACCAGCAGGUACCCUGAGGACAUGUCACUGGUCGCCAGGUAUCCCAAGGACACAUCCCCUGUCACCAGGCACCCUGAAGAGAUGUCCCCAGUCUCUGGCCACUGCAAGGACACAUUUUUGGGCAGCAGGGACAUGUCCCUGGCCCCCAGGUAUGCCGAGGACACAAGAACCAGGUCCUGGUGGGACAGUUCCCUACUGCCUGGCCACCUCUCACCAUCGCUCAGUGACGGGGUCCUCACACCACAGCAGGUGGCUGAGGACCUGGAGGUGGAUGAACCCGUCAUCUGCCCCAGGUCUGCUCCAUCCCCCUGGGCCACCACCUUGGUGGCCAAGGUCCCUGCUGUGUCACCUUGCAGCCCCCCGGUGCCACGGUCCUUCUCGCCACCGCACACCUAUGGCUACAUCUAUGGACCAGCAGCCUCUGAGCUGGGUGAGGGGGAGGAGGAGGAAGAGGAGGAGGAAGAGCAGCGAGGGAUAAGAGGCUCUCCGGGGGGGUCCCUGCUCAACGGCUGGGGGUCUAUCUCGGAGGACAACUUGGCCAGCGCUCGCUGCAGCUUGGUGAGCUCCUGUGAUGGCUCCUUCCUCUUGGAUGCCAGCUUUGCCCGGGCACUGGCUGUGGCCGUCGAUGGUCUCUGCUUCAGCCUUGAGGACACCGAUGGGAGCUACGGGGGUCCCUCACCACCGCUGUCACCCUUGGAGAGGAUUUUCUCACCUGAUGUCCCUAUCCCCACCUGGGACUGGGGAACAGUUCUGGCGGGACAACCACAAGGUGGCUGCAUGACUGGGAGCAGCAGCCCCUGGACCAGGGCAGGUGAUGAGCUGAGGACAGGGGGGACAAGAGCAUGGCGGUCCCCAGGGUGUGGGACACGACAAGGCCAGAGUCCCCUUAGCUCAGCAAAACUCUGGCUUUAUUAAGCGGUUCCCCCAAAAGGGGCAAAAGCCACCCAAAAGUGUGGGUGGCACCAAGGUGGAGGGAAUGUCUCUCCUUCUCCAGCAUCCUUGCCCUUCCCAAGUGUCUACAUCCUUCCCCAGUGUCCCCAUCCCUCCCCAAAUUCCUCAUCCCUCCCCAGCAUCCUCAUCCUCCCUAAGUGUCCUUGUCCCAUCCAAGUGUCCUUAUUCCUCCCUGGUGUCCUUCCCCAGCAUCCUUGUCCUUGAACCAUCCUCACCUGGCCCAAGCACCUUUGUCCAUCCCAAGUGUCCUUGUCCUUCCCCAGGGUCAGUGUCCUCCCAACUGUCCUCAUCCCCAUUGACCAUUCUCAUUGCUUCUGACUGUCCUUGUUCCUCCUGACCACCUGUGUCCUUUCUCAAUGUCCUUGUCCCAUCUCAACCAUCCUAGGCCCUCCCAGGUGUCUUCAUUCCAUCCCUCAUAAGCUUCCUUGCCCUUCCUGAAUGUCCUUGUGCCCUCUCCAGUUGUCCUUGUCCCUCCUAACCAUCCUCAUCCCCUGGGUCCUCCUUCCUGGCAUCCAUGUCUCUCCCAGCUGUCCUUGUCCCCAAGGUCCUCAGCCCUCAUGAGCUUCCUUGUCCCUCCCAACUGUCCUUGUACCCAGGGUCCUCAGCCCUACUGAGCAUCCUUGUCCCUCUGGAGCAUCCUCAUCCCUCCCAAGUAUCUUUGCCCAUCCUGACUAUCUUCAUCCCACCCCAAGCAUCCUUGUCCCCCCUCACACUGUCACCCACCAGCUGCUGGCUCUGUGCCCCUGGUGCCACUCAGAAAUUAAAGAUCACCCCGUG